AACUUCCCGCCAAUUCUAAGACGCUGUACGCUGGAAUUUUUAUUAUUUAUUGUUAUUAACAUCUUAAAUGGCAGAUUCACCAUCCGGACCGCGCGUAAAGCGACAGCGCAUUGAUAAAAAUGGUCGCUUUGCCGCCAUGGAACGCCUGCGCCAAUUAAAGGGCACAAAAAACAAGUGCGUGGUUGAUGAAAAGGUGGACGAUGUGUAUGAGAUUGUGGAUGAGCGGGAAUAUGCCAAGAAAGCGAAUGAAAAGUACGGUGGAGAUUGGAUAGAAGACGAUGGCACUGGCUAUGCGGAAGAUGGACGCGACUUCUUUGAGGAUGAAGAUGAGUACUCCGACGAGGAAGGUGCUGGAGGAAAGGCCGGCAAUAAAAAUAAAAAGGAAGGCAAUGCCAAGAAACGAGCAAGGGAAAGCGACAAGCCAGCGAAAGGCAAAGCAUCAAUACGCAAUCUCUUUAGCAAUGCCGUGCCGAAGAAGGCAGAUGUUAAAUCCAGUGUCAAGGAUGAUGACAUAUUGGCCGAUAUUCUGGGUGAAAUGAAACAGGAGCCAGGUGAUGUUAAGCCACAGCAAAACAAAGUGAUUGCGCCCGCCAAAAUAGUCGGUGCAUCCUCGACACGCAAAUCCGAUGCUGCCGCUGCCAAGGAGUACAUGAAUAGUUUUCUCAACAACAUCAAAAUGCAAGAGCAGGAGCGAAAGAAAACAGAUGAAACUAGCGACGAUGAAAUGCUGGAACGUAUAUUGAAACCGAAGGCCACAAUUCCCAAUAAAAAGGCAGCAACUCCAGCAAAAGUGGCUGUAAAGGUGAAAAAGGAAGUUGCAGAGGAGAAAUCAAUAGCAUCAAAGGAUAAGCCAACAGAAGAAACAGAAGCAACCGACUUACCCGACAAUGGAAUGGAUUUUAGUUGUUUCGAUGAUGAUGAGAAUCAAUUUGAUGUCGAGAAACCUAGGGAAAAUGUGACAGUUAAAUCGGCCACGACACCCAUCAAAUCAAAGCUUCCUGCAGUUGUGACUUCUUUGCCAGCUCCUACCGCAGCUGAACCUGAGGACAUGAACAGGCUCUUGAAUAAUUGGGAGUCCAUUUGUCAAAUGGAUGAUGACUUUGAAAAGACGGUUCUGGCUACCGAGCCAGAGGUUAAUUUAAAUAACGAAGAACAGCUGCGUUUCUGGUACUGGGAAGCCUGGGAGGAUGCACAAAAGCUGCCGGGCGAGGUUUUCCUCUUCGGCCGCACCGCAGAUGGCAAAUCAAUAUGUGUGCGGGUACAGAACAUAAAUCGAGUGCUCUAUUUGCUACCCCGACAAUAUGUGCUUGAUCCUAUUACAAAGGAGCCCACCAAGCAAAUGGUGACUGUCGCCGACAUGUAUAAAGAGUUCAAUGCGGAUAUAGCCGCUGAACUGAAAUUGGAUAACUUUCGUUCCCGUAAGGUGACCAAAAACUUUGCCUAUCACCCAAUUGGCAUCGAUGUGCCACAGACCUGCGAUUAUCUGGAAGUGCAUUACGAUGGCAAGAAGCCGGCGCCGAAUGUGGAAAAGAAGAAAUACGAUACGAUAGCGCAUAUAUUUGGAGCGAACACGAAUGCUCUGGAACGCUUUUUGCUUGAUCGCAAAAUCAAGGGACCCUGUUGGCUACAGCUCAAGGCUUUUGAUGUGAAUUCGGCACCCAUAAGUUGGUGCAAGACUGAUGUCACCAUCAGCGACCCCAAGAACGUGAGUCUCGUAAUGGAGGAGGGUAAAGCGGCGCCGCCGCCGCCCCUCUCACUCAUCACAUUGAAUGUGCGCACAUCUAUAAAUCCCAAGACCUUAAAGAAUGAGGUCUGCAUGAUCUCCAUGCUGACCCACAAUCGCUUUCACAUUGACAAGCCGGCCCCUCAGCCCGCUUUCAAUCGUCACAUGUGCGGCCUCACACGUCCCGCCGUUGUUAAUUGGCCCUUCGACUUGAAUCUGCAAUUGGCCAAAUAUAAGUCGACCAAGAUCUACAAACACGACUCGGAACGUGCGCUUUUGAGCUGGUUUCUGGCGCAGUACCAACAGAUCGAUGCGGACUUGAUUGUCACCUACGAUGCCAUGGAUUGUCAGCUGAAUAUCAUAACCGACCAAAUUGUGGCGCUCAAAAUUCCCCAAUGGUCACGCAUGGGUCGCCUCCGGCUGACAAACACCUAUGGAAAGCGACUGUUUGAUCAUUUCGUGGGUCGAAUGGUUUGCGAUGUGAAACGUUCUGCCGAGGAGUGUAUACGCGCCCGAUCCUACGAUCUGCAAUCCCUUUGCCAGCAGGUGCUUAAGAUCAAGGAAUCAGAACGCAUGGAUGUCAAUGCCGAUGAUUUGUUGGAGAUGUAUGAAAAGGGCGAAAGCAUCAUGAAGCUCAUAUCGCUGACCAUGCAGGAUGCCUCCUAUAUGCUGCGCCUCAUGUGCGAUCUGAACAUAAUGCCGCUGGCUCUGCAGAUAACCAACAUCUGUGGCAAUACGAUGACACGCACCCUUCAAGGCGGUCGCUCCGAACGAAAUGAAUUUCUGCUGCUGCACGCCUUCACCGAGAAGAAUUACAUAGUGCCUGAUCGUCCGGCACAGCAGCGACGUGGGCGUGGCGCUGUUCUCGAUGCUACCGCUUCCGAGAUGGAGACUGAGGGAUAUCAGACUAAAGCGGCAGUAGCGACACGCAAGAAGGCGGCCUAUGCCGGUGGUUUGGUGCUGGAACCGAUUCGUGGUCUCUACGAAAAGUUCAUUCUGCUGAUGGACUUCAAUUCCCUAUAUCCGAGCAUUAUACAGGAAUACAAUAUUUGCUUCACGACAGUUCAACAGCCUUACACAAUUGAUGAACUGCCUGCCCUGCCAGAUUCGAGUGCCCAACCGGGAAUUUUGCCUUUGCAAUUGCGUCGUCUGGUGGAGUCGCGCCGAGAAGUUAAGAAACUGAUGGCCGCGCCGGACUUAUCCCCAGAACUGCACAUGCAGUAUCAUAUACGGCAAAUGGCUCUAAAGUUGACGGCCAAUUCGAUGUAUGGCUGUCUGGGGUUUGCGCAUUCGCGUUUCUUUGCCCAACAUCUGGCGGCUCUGGUGACCCACAAGGGUCGUGAGAUCUUGACCAAUACGCAGGCGCUGGUCCAGAAGAUGAACUACGACGUGGUGUACGGCGAUACAGACUCGCUGAUGGUCAACACAAAUAUUACGGACUACGAUCAGGUCUUUAAGAUCGGACACAGCAUCAAGCAGAGUGUGAAUAAAAUGUACAAACAGCUCGAGCUCGACAUCGAUGGGGUGUUCAGUUGUCUGCUGCUGCUCAAGAAAAAGAAAUACGCCGCCGUCAAGGUCACUAAGACGGCCAAGGGUGAGCUGAAACGCGAGCAGGAGCACAAGGGCUUGGAUAUUGUGCGUCGCGAUUGGUCCCAGCUGGCCGUAAUGGUCGGCAAGGUGGUGCUCGAUGAGGUGCUCUCCGAUAAACAGCUUGAGGAGAAAUUGGACGCAGUCCACACACAUUUGGAGCGCAUCAAAGUACAGGUUCAGGAAUCGGCUGUCCCCCUGCCGAUGUACGUGAUUACCAAACAAUUAACCCGUGCUCCACAGGAGUAUGUGAAUAGCGGUUCGCAACCUCAUGUGCAGGUUGCUCUGCGCAUGAAUCGAGAACGCAAUCGUCGUUACAAAAAGGGCGAUAUGGUCGACUAUGUCAUCUGCGAGGAUGGCACCACAAAUGCAGCCAUGCAGCGUGCCUAUCAUCUGGAGGAGCUGAAAGGGAGUGAACAACUGAAAUUGGAUUCAAACUAUUAUUUGGCCCAUCAAAUCCAUCCUGUCGUCACGCGCAUGGUUGAGGUGCUUGAGGGAACAGAUGCGAGUCGCAUUGCCGAGUGCCUGGGUAUGGAUGCUACCAAGUUUAGACAGAAUGCACAGCGCACCCAACGCGAACGCACCGAGGAGGGUGAGGGAGAAUCCCUUCUGAAAACCACACUACAACUGUAUCGGUUGUGCGAACCCUUCCGCUUCAAUUGUGUCAGCUGCAAAACGGAGCAGCUGAUGGCCACCGCCUUCAGGCCCAGCGUUAACAACACCCACGUGGCUGUGCUCCAACAGUGCGCCAACUCUGAGUGCCACACCGCUCCCUAUCAAUAUCUCGUCUCUGUGCGCAAUCAGCUGCAGUUGACGAUGCGCAAGUUUGUGCAACGAUUCUACCAGAAUUGGCUUGUGUGCGAUCAUCCCGACUGCAACUAUAAUACGCGCACCUAUUCCCAUGUGCGGGAGUUGAAACGGCCGUUGUGCCUGAAGUGCAAGAAUGGAGCGUUGCUGCGUCAAUAUUCGGAACGCGAUCUGUACAAUCAGUUGUGCUAUUUUCGCUUCAUGUUCGAUCUGAGUAAACAGCAGACGGGACAAAAACAUGCGCCUCUAACGCCGGAAGUGGAGCAGGCCUAUCAAUUGCUACACGAAACGGUGGAGCAGCUCUUCCAAAGUUCCGCAUAUGUUAUUAUAUCGCUGCGGAAGUUAUUUGAUCGUUGCUUUACUGCCACAAAACUGGAGCCCGUCAAACCGCACACAAGAGAUGCUGUGGCCUCAACGCUGGCCGAUGUUUAGGUUAUGAUAACAACUUCAAUAUUGCUGGACUAGUCUGUAGAGUGACUUUCAGGAUUUGCUCAAAAACUUUUCCAGUGGAAAGUAUCUGAACGAUUCAUUAAAUAUAUCCGUAAAUGCAGUGCUCACGAGCUCAUUGAUGAUGGGCUUCAGAAAGGGCAGUCCCAACUGCCACAUACUAUUAAUAACACCAUCCGCCAGCUGAUUCAGCGGCUGCCCUUUCAGUAAGUCGCCAAUGUGAAGCUCCAUGCCACCAAUGCGAUCCACUUCCACAUGCACCUUUAGCAGCGAUCCGGGCUCGCCCACACGCCGCACACUCGUGGUUUGGCUGCAAAAAUACAAGUAAGUUAAUAAAAAAAAUCCUCUCCAUUAUUAUUGUGUUGUUCUUUUUAAAUUUAAGUGAAAAUGUAAGCUAAAAAGUUAUUUUAUUAAUAUCGACAUAAAGAACUAGUGAAGCAACGAAUUCAAAAUAAUGCAGAAAUGCAAAUAAUUUGAAUUCCAACUUCGGUUAUUUUCUAAGUAGGAUC